AUGGAGGUCCCUGUAAAGGCCGUUGCAGAGUCGUCGCAGCGCCUGAUAGUGCCCUGCUGCUGCGCUCCUCAGCAGCACCAGCCUCAGUCGACAGGGCCUCUCCCCGCUGCGGGAUUAACAGAUUGGGAUGCUCUGUUGGAUCAGGUACAGUCGGCUUUCAGCCGCGGUAACACGGAGAGACACGCGGGUAGUCUCCGUCGCAUUUGCCGGCGCUAUGGAAGCGGCGGCAUUCCCUACGCCGAAUGGGGGCCUGUGGCCCGCUUGGCUGAGGUGUACCUACAGCUAGCUAUGAAGGGAGACGCCCAGAUAGCAAGUGCCCUUGCUAGCCUUUGCAAGAAAGCAGCGAAGGGCCCUCAAUCGAGGGCCACUACCGAUGCCACAUUGCAUGCAUCAGACGCAGCAAAGCUCGUCGAAGUCUUCUCCAGAGUCCUUGUGGGUAUGAGGACAACGGAACCAGCGUCGGUAAAAGAAACAAGUGCCUCUGAGACCCCUGCUGCUGCUUCCAACUCUACUGUGGCAGGUCUAGGGAAUAGUGCAGGCGUCGAGGAGUCCGAGCAGUCCUGUGGGAGCCCGUGCGUCCUUAAAACACCUCAGAAACGGCCUUUAGAGGGGGAGAAUUGGGGUUCAUGUGGGUCACUCGUGGUUCAAUGCCCGGCUUCGGCAACAGAGACACCUGGAGCUGCAUCAAUUGCACCCAUGUUAAGAAGGGCUGCCAAAGGCAACAGCAAGAACACCAGCACUUUCGCUGCUCUCCGCCAUGCAGUCAUUGAGCUCAUGGAAGCAACAGCGAUAGAACUAUCAAAGCUUGUAUUCCGUCACCAGGAUGCAGGGGUGGCAGUAGCAACAUCAAGCAAACAGCACGAGCACCUCUGCAGCUCCGGAGAGGUCACUCUGAAGAUGGCCCUGGACAACGUAAUAAGGGCCUUAAAGGAACACAACGAAACACAAUGGGGCAACCUAGAAGUAGAGGAGGAGUUCGCGCUGCUGCGAGUGCUGCAAAAAUAUGCCAGAGAGCCACAGGUGGCAGCGCACCUCUGUUGCUGCAGAACACUAAACGGUCUCCUAUCUAAGUGUGUUGCUAGCUUGCGCGAGAUGGCUAAUGCCGAUUGUGAAGCACAAGAAGGUAGCUCAAAUACACAGGAGCAGGCAGAGCCCUCCGGAGAACCGGAGGCAGAUGCUGCAGUAGUUGAGUUACGGCAAGCAGGGCCAGCGGCAGCACAAGGAACUACGGCAGCACCACCACCUCGAAGCUCCUCAGCGACCCACUGGACACGCCAGGAGUUACUGUUGCAGCUGCUACUCCAGAUUCUUCAGGCUUAUCCUGCGAGCCUUCAUGAGGAUCCGUGGGAAGCCCGCGAGCUGCUUGCAAAACUCUCUUUCUGGUUACAUCAAGUGCUGUCUCCUAAGGCUUCCUUCCGAAAGAAACAAGUGCGAAAUGACCUAAUAUGUGUACUACUCUUGAUAGCGCGCCAGCCCAGGCUGCUUCCCCUUCUAACACCCAGCGGGGCUCUGUGCCAGAUGUUGCGGUUCUUGACGUGUGGUUCUGCCUUGAACAAAAACGAUACCGGUUCUGCUUCUUCUACCACGGCCCUGGCAGCCAAGUCACAAGCUCUAGACACAGGAUGCAGCGGCAACAGCAGCUCCAUUACCAGCCGCCAGAAAGAUCUGGCAUCGCCGGAGGACGUGGAGCUGCUGCAGCUGCUGUGGCUGUGCGUCUGCCAAUGCAUGGUGCAUCCCUCUUGCUGCGCGAGGGCCCUCCACUUCAGUACAAUAGAGGCACUACUGGCCUUUGCGGACUACGGAGAUCCCCGAAGGCAGGAUCUGCUAGCUUUUGCUCCCUGGCGCUUUUCCGAGUGCCAGCUUAGAACACUUGGAGCCGCAGCAGUGAAUUGCCUGGGAACCUUAGCGGUAGUGUGUCCUGCUAGCGUUGUUGCUGCUGGAGGUCCAACUGGCUUGCUGCGGAUUGCGGUGUCGGCUGCGGCAGCAGGGGAUGCUGACAAAUGUGGCAGUGCUCUGAGGCAAAGUGUGGCCCUCCUAAGACCUCGUGGUGUUGCAGCACCCGGGGAAGCAGGAGCCAACGUUGAAGCGCCAACAAAGCAGCAUCCUGUCGUCCUAGGAGGGAGACAAGUAUGUGCAGUGGCCCGCAGGGCAUUCCUAGAGGCCAAAGCACUAGAACAACUUCUACAACUGCUUGAAGCCCUCAUGAAACAACAGCAGGAACUAGGCGCGAUGGCAUUUGAGGAGUUCGGCAGGCCCGGUGUUUCUCUGGAGGAUUGCAGCAACUUCGGGGACCCCUGUAGUCUCACAUCCUCAGAUGUAUGCACACCCAUGGCAGCCUGCUGCUGCGUUGCGUGGCUGCUGCUAGCUCUGCUGUGUGCAGGUGAUGCGGCAGCAGCUUCAGCAGUUGCUGCUGCCGACGGGCUUUCCCGUUUCUCCCGCUGGCUACGGCAGGGCAUUCCCUCAGAGCCCCCCACUGCUAUUCCGCUGUUUGUCUCUACAGCAGCAGAUGGACUCCGGGCACUCGCGCUUAGCAGCAAAAAAACUAUCGAGGCCUUUGUUGCUGCGGGGGGCACUGAGGCCCUUGUUAGCGCGUUAGAAAGGGUCCCCCGCAAGCACAUCCAGCCAGAUCUGCGGUUUGAGCUGUACACGGCGCUUCAGCAACUCUCAGCUGGCUGUGACGCCUCUCCAACUGAGCUGACCGUAGCGGAGGCACAGCAGCAGCUUCUCUUGAACGCAGGGGAGGUGCUGUGGCGCCUUGAGGCCCUAACGGAAACAAAAACCGCCCUGGCAGGUUGGCAGCUGCACAGCCUCCUUUUAGCCAGGCGACUCUUAAUACGUACAUGGUCAUGCCCCUACCUUCGCUUCCGCCAAGUAGUGCACACCAGUCAGAAAAAAGGUUUUGCCACUCGAGCAAAGGGCCCACCAGGAAGAAGCACCUCAGGGCACUGUGGGUGUUUUAGUGACAUAAAGGCAUCUGAAACAGGGCAAUGCGCUCACUCUGGACAGUCAUCCAAUGCUGUUCUUGUUUCUCGUGAUUUUACAGCAGCGGGUCUCGAACCCCUUCCUGCAGAUGCAGAGUGGCUACGUGUCUCUUGGGAAAAAGCUUUCGGACGGUCCAUCGAGGUACGAGAUAGGCAAAGGCAACUCGCCUUUGAGCAUCAGGCUAAGGAGGCAGCGGAGAUAAAAGAGCGGUCAUUGUACCCCGGCCGUUACAGAGGUACUAGGAAUGGCGACGGCCGCCGACGUAGUAAUCUGCAAUGCGGUCAGCACGAGGCCUCCCUGGAAAGGGACGCGCAGGGUGCUUGA